UACAUGGCUUAAAGCCUUGUUUUCUCCAUAAUCAAUCGAAAGACCCAUUAUCCAGAUCCGACCCGAACUAGUCAUCAUCCUCUUCACCCUCUCCUCACUUCAAACCCUCAUGCUCUUGUACCUUUCUUGGAGAUCAAACUAUACCUUCAACAAACAAAGCCAGAUCUAAGCUCGUUUCCAGCACCGAGGAUAUUCGCAAGCCAUUUCCCAUACAUUUCAUUGUCGGAAUCUGCAAAGCAAGUAGGGUGUAAGAUAGUGUACUUGUGUAGAAAUCCUAAAGACAUCUUUGCCUCACUCUGGCAUUUCAGGAAGAAUAUUAAACCAGAAACCAAAGGGUCUAAUUCGAUUGAGAAUUUCUUUGAGGAGUUUUGUGGAGGAGUGAGUAGUUAUGGGCCAUUUUGGGAUCACAUGUUGGGAUACUAUAAAGAGAGUUUAGAGAGGCCAGGGAAGAUAAAGUUUUUGAGAUUUGAGGAGCUGAAGAACGAACCAGUUAAGAUUUUGAAGGAGCUUGCUGAGUUUUUAGGACAUGGUUUUUCGAAGGAGGAGGAAGAAGAAAAUGGUGAUGAUGAUGUGGUGAAUGAUAUAUUGAAGCUUUGUAGUUUUGAGAAUUUGAGCAAUCUAGAAGUGAAUAAAAAUGGAAAGUCAAUUGCAAUGUUUGGAGUAGAGAAUAGGGAUUAUUUUAUACGUGGGGUAGUGGGAGAUUGGAAAAAUCAUCUCACGUUUGACAUGGCAGAACGGCUUGAUGUUAUAUCUCAAGAGAAGCUAGCAAAACAUGGGCUUGAAGAUCUAGUCCCACACACGCAGGUGGCCAUGGUCGGCAAGCAUGUGACAACUAUUAACAAAAGAAGGUGGUGAAUUUGAAGGGGAGAG